CUCCCUCUCACUGCUCUCUCUCUCUCUCUCUCUCUCUCUCUCUACUUUCUCUCUCUUCACUGCGGUUUUCUCUCCGUGACCGGCCGACCGGGAGCUGCGGCGGAGGAGCCUCGAGGGAGUGGGCGGCGGCGGUUCCGAGGAGGUAACUUCAUAUAUCUAAAGUGGCUACUGAUUAAACAACACAGUCGUCAUGCCUUGGGAUAUGAAAUAGAAACAUGUAGCAUGAAGAAAGAGAAGGAUCUCAGUUGUAUGGUUUUAGCAUCAAUUUAGAGGAUUAUCGAGCAAAAGAUGAAUUUGGACGAGCAAAAGAUAGAACCUGUGACCGAGUUAGGACUUGCUUUGGACUAUUCAAGUCAGUGCAAUCAGAGAACAUCAAAUGAUGAUCCAAGUGCAGGUGCAAAUGCAGGAUCAAGUGGGUGCAUGACAUUUGUGGCUGCAAAUCCCUUAUCCGAGCUGGUUUGGUCUCCACACGGAGGGUUAAGUUUAAAAUGUGCCGACUGCAGCUUCACAGAAAGGAAACCCUCCCCUAUAUGGGGUGCAGGGUCGAAAUAUGCAUCAGAAAAUGUUGAUCCAAUGGUUGAUGUGAAUGCCAAGGCUGAUGCGCCUGUCUCACACAGAAAUCUUGAAACCAGAGGCUCAAGAUAUGGCGAGCCAGAGGAUUGUUGUGGCUUCGUUGGGCAAAGGGCUGAAAUAACAAUGAGCAAGGAAAAUGUCUUUUCAAAUGUCCCCGGUCAGGUUAGUGGUAAAAAUGGAAAUUCUCCAGAUAAUGAAGUUUCUCCUGGAGAUCCUGCCUUUGGAGGACAAGAUGUUGCUAUGAACUAUGAGCAAUUGGCAAUGGGAGUUACAAUGGUGUCAGAAGUUCUCCCACUGAAUGAACAGAGAGCUUCUGCUACUCCAGCUUUCUCUCCAGGCGGAGAGGAUGACAAACUAGCUUCACUUUUAAGAGAGGAAAGCAAGAAAACCAGUAACCCAAGUCUUCCAUUAUUGGAGAAACUAGAAUCAACAGCUGAGAGUGACAUAAGAACUCUUAAUAGUGAGAACAUCGGCCAUGCAGCAGCUGAUGCUGUAGCCUCGGAAUCUUCCUCUGAAGUCAAAAGCAUCUCUAUGCAUGAUGCUGAUAUCCAACACAAAGACAAACCUGUUUCUAGUAACAGAAGAAUCUGUGGAAGUCGUAGGAAAGGUAAAGAAAAGGCAUUAUCUGAUGGAGAUGCUAGUGGACGAUUACUAAAAGAGGAUGACAACAGCCAUGAGAGUGUUGAAAGCUGUAACAGUGCAGGCUUAUUUUCAGUUGGAAGAAAGAGAGGGAGCGUUGAAGCGCAUCUGAUUGAUGGAAAUAAACGAGCUAGGUAUGGUCAAAACCAAAGUGCAUCAAGCUCUUUUGCUGGACAAGACAGCUCCUUCAUGAAUUGGAUAUCAAACAUGGUGAAGGGCCUGUCAAAAACAAAUCAAGAUGUGGCAGGCUCUCUCUCACUUGCUCUCACUGGUCCUAGUUCUGGAAAUGAGCACCCGGACGAUUCAUUUGUAGCUGGCGGCCAAAACCUGGAUGGUAAUUGUGGGAAUAUGGGUUUUAAGUCCAUUUUUCAAUCAAUCUACUGUCCGAAUAAAACUGCUCAAGAAUCGAGAACACUUCUGCUUCCUAGUCAAGCGGGAGAAGGAUCUACAAAAAUUGAGCCAGAUAACAAGAUAUGUGCUAAAGAUGUGCAUCCAUUAGCAUGUCUAGCAGAGAAUGACAACCCAAGCAAGAAGCUGCUGCUGCAAUGCAGGAUGAUGGAUGAGUCUACUCCUGAAAUUGGAGCAGGUGGUCCAAAUAUUACUCGGAUUUUAGAUGCAAGAUUUGCUGUCUCUCAGGAGAAUUGUGAAAAUCACUCCACAAAGAAUAAGAAUCUCGACAACUUGGAUAACGGAAGUUAUAAGAACUCAAAAAAUUCAUCCAACUCUUCUUUGGGGGAAAUAAACUCAAUAAAAGCUGGUAAGGAUCAUUCUUCUUCUUCAGAAGAGAAGAUUAGUAAUCUUGGCAGCAGAAAUGAUCCUCUAGGAAGCUUGUGGAUAACUCGUUUUUCAUCAAGGACCUCUUGCUCUAUACAAAAGCAGGAUCUCUGUGUCCAGAGUAUGGGUGGAACAAUCGAGGAUUCGGGGAAUCUCAUAAGAAUUACAGCUCAGUCUAAGCAAUCUUUUGGUUGUCACCCAGCUCCAACAAAUCUAGAGGUCAAGGAUUGUAACAGUGAAGAACCAUCUAAUGGUGUUGGAAAAGAACCACAAGAUUGUGCUGCUGGUAGUGAAGCUUCCUUUGGUUUCAGAAAGCUCCAGAAUAGUCAUGAUCACCAUAUGAUACACAAAGUGAACUGUAUUUCAUCUUCUCAGAGACUCAAAAGUUCCGAGGAAAUGGCUUCAUUGUUUGCUCGAAGAUUGGAUGCCCUUAAGCACAUUAUCCCAACAAAUCCACUAGAUGUGGGUGCUGGGUGUAGUGCAACUUGUCUCUUUUGUGGAAUAAAAGGUCAUGGUCUCCGAAAUUGCUCAGAGAUAGCAGAAGCUGAGCUGGAAGACCUCCUAAGGACUGCCAAAUCAUAUCAAGUAGUGGAGGAAAUGCCUCCUCUAUGCAUUAGAUGUUAUCAGCUCAAUCAUUGGGCUGUUACAUGUCCAAAUGUUGUUUCAAAAUUGAUGCCGCCGGAGGAUUGUAUAUAUGUUGUUAAUAACCGCUGUUCUGAUAUAGCACAGCUUCAGAAUAAACAAAUGUACCAAAAGAGUAACCUUAUAGAUAGUUCUAAUGGAAACUUGAAAUUGAAGGAACUAUCAACCUCUGGCAAAGAUAUUCCCAUCCCAAGCUGGAUUAGGAAAUGCAGUGCUUUGAGCCCUUUUCAAAAUCAGCUGAAAGAUAAUGUGAUCACAACAACAGGAAAUUUCGGUGAAUGGCAUAUAUCAGAUGUGCCUAAAGCAAUCUUUGACUCAAUAAAGAUGCUUCAACUGUCUCGGACCAGCAUCCUCAAGUGGAUGAGUGCCCGGACAUCCCCGGUGCACCUUGAUGGAUUCUUCCUGCGCUUGCGUCUCGGAAAGUGGGAAGAAGGACUUGGAGGAACUGGUUAUUAUGUAGCUUGCAUAACUGCAUCCGGAUGCUGUCGCCUGUUGUGAAUCCAUCUGCUGUCUCCAUUUUGAGAUUGUGAUAUGUGUCCACUCAAUUCUAGACCUCGCCACAUCCAAUCUAAAACCUACAAAAUCCUAGUUUUCUCUCUUCCCUCUUUCUCCUCCUUUACCCCCUCAACUGCUUCCAUGCCCAACCGCCACACUGCUGCCUGCUGUCACCACUGCUGAAGUUGCCAAUGCCACACUCAGAACCGGCUACUGCCACAUCUCGGGACACAUCGCCGCCAUCCAGCUGCUGUCACUGCUCCGUCUUUUUCCCCAGUCACCCCCUCAUUUGUUCUUGCCCUCAUCUGUCUUUCAUUUUUUGAUUUUCGCGCUUACAAACGUCGCUCGACCUCGCUGUCAAACCUCGCAGCCAUGGUCAAGUUGCCGCUGCCGCAAGAUCUAGAGGUGUGCCUCCAGAUCUGGAGGCUCGGCUUCCAGGGCUGAGGCGUAGCUCACACCUAGCUCAAACAGAAAAAAACAGAGGCAACUUAGCUCGAUGCCGGUGUCCAUGGCCAAGGCUUAGCUCGAGGCUUAGGCUCUGUCCAUUGCCAAUGCUUAGCUCGGUGUCCAUGGCUCCACAUCGGUGGACGAGGCUUAACUCGAUGCCGUGUCGAGUGCUGCCAUCGGCAGCGAGCUCGACGGCGGCAUCGAGCUCAAAUAGAGAGAGAUUAAGAAAGAGGGAUGGGGGCAUAUAGAGGGACAUGGGCUGCAGGGACAAAGACCAAUUGAGAGAACUUGUCUUAAGGAGCGCAGCAACAGCAGGGCGGCGGAUGUCAAUGGUGGGGUUGGGGGCUGCAGUGGCUCAGGCAGUGGAGAAGCAUGGGGGGCUCUAUAUCUGUACAGAAGGUGGAAGAGAGAGAGAGAGAGAGAGAGAGAGAGAGAGAGAGAGAGAGAGAGAGAGAUUUUAAUGUUUUGAUCUACUAUGGGUGAGAUCAAGGUGUGGCGGAGUGGCGCCACAUGUUUUUUCGUGCUUGGAGACAGCAGAUGGGACUAUAGUAGGAGACAGCAUGCAUCCAAUGCAUCAAUACCCAAAUCUGGGAUCCUUACUGGAGGUUUGUGGUAUG